AUGGCAAAUGGUGAAGAACAAAUAGAUGUACAAGCUGCAAAUGAACAACAAGCGGCGAAUUUUGCGCAACGAGCUGCUCGGAUAUUGCACAAUUUACCUUUUAUGAACUUUCCAGUGAUUCCACCUAAUGAAGAUCGAUUCAAUUUGGGACCUCUGGACAGGGAUUUUCAUGUUCUGGUACAUAAUGCAAAUGCCGUGUUAGCUGAACAACUUGCAGUGUUGGGAGAGUUGGAAUUCAGUAUUCAUAGAGAAGCGAAUCGGGCAGACGAUGAACCAGUAAUGGGUGGAAUGGAGCGUAUUGCCGUAGGACUUAUUGAUGAGCUGCGUAAUAUGAUUGAACAUCUGAUAAGACAACGCGACGAAAUGCGACAAUUGGUAAUGCAACGAGGCUUGUUUGAUCCACUUUUCGGCCAAUGGGACGAACUGCUGGAAGUUUGGGGAGUGCGAAAUUUUACUCGAGAAAAUGGAAAAAUAAAGAACCCAAAAUCGCUAGAAACUACUGUCGUGGAUUACGUAGCGAAUAUAAUAAACAGUAUUCCGGCGGAAGCAUACACUCUUCCACUACCUUUGCUGUUUGAGAUCCAUGUAGGUUUAUAUAAGAAAAACAAACUUCUUAUAUUGCACAAGGAAUGGAGUAGCAUUGAUCGAUUUCAAAGGGUUCUAAAUUGGAAGAUGAGAAGGAUGACAGUUCAUGAGCUUUUCAAUGGACUAAUGAAUAAAGGAUAUUUAAUUGAACGAGUUUUAUUCGAAGAUUUGAAGCGACGGAUUCUAGACCGUACGAAAUCGAAGGAUGUGGAGUUGUAUGAAUGUACACUGAUCUUAGGCACUUUUCUUUUGGAUCACGGAUCACUUAAUCUCCCUGGUGAGAUCUUCAGAUAUUGUCAAAAAAUGUUAGGCUGGUUGUCUGAUGAGCACCAGUUGCGUCAGCGGAAAUUAUUUGAAUUGAAUUACUGGCUGAUGAAAUAUUACAUGAACAACUGCUCAUUCGUCGAGGCAAUACAUAUCAGUUCAUUUACUGAUACAUUAAUUGAUAAGCUGGAAAGUAAUGGUGAUGUUAGAACAUUAAAUUUCGUGCAAAUUCAGACUCAGUGCGCUUCUUUAUGGUAUAUGCUGGGUCAAUACAAGAAGUCCAUGGACUUUUGUUUAAAAGCAUUAAAAACUGCUCAUGAUGAAGGAGCGCAUACUACUGCACAAGUGGAACUUUUAUGUCUUACUGCAAAGAUUCUCGUUUUCAAAAGGCGUUUUAACUUAGCCCUAAGAACUGUUCGUUUUGCUUUAGCGAUUGUUUUGAGCCAUCCAGAGCUUGAGAGGUUGUUGUGGUCUGUGUUAUGUGAUUAUGGAGAUUGUUUGCUUAAUUCAGAUCAUGUCGAAAUGGCUGUGCAGGUUAUGGCAAAAAUGGUUCACAAACAUUUCGGAACAGAUUCUCUUCGUGACGGUCAGGCAAUGUAUGAAUAUGCUCGUGCUGCAUACCGCCUUCUGUACGAUAAUUAUGCUGGGUAUCGUACCGAUAAAGAGAAAUAUGUUCAGCUGCGCUUUCGCUGUGAGAAGUAUGCCAAUAAAGCACUAGAAAUUUGCCGGGCAAAACUGGGUAAAGAGCACUAUCAACUGUUAAAUGCUGAGGAGUUGAAAGCGCUGGUUUCGGUAAAAAGUUCAUUAAGAAAUGAUACUGUCCAACAAGAGUUGCUGAAUGAAGCGAUGGGAACACAUAUGCGGGCUCUAAAUAAAUAUUGCAAUUUCAAUAGUGAGAAUGCAAACUAUGCAAGGACUUCUGAUUAUCUUGGCCACAUAUUUCGAUGGUCACGAAGACCUGAAGUCUCUGAGGAAAUGUUUGAAAAAGCUUUGGCUACAAAGAAAAUUGUCUAUGGCAUUAAUGAUCAUGAAACAGCUCUUACUAUGGCUUCUUUGGCUUAUCUUUAUGUGAAGGACAUGAAUCGACCCAGGGAAGCUUUAGUUCUUUUCAAAAAAUGCCUUGAAAUUCAGUUGAAUAUAUUUGGUGAAGAAUAUUCUGGACUCGGCACUAUUUAUGAUGGAAUGACGUUAGCCUAUGAAAUAAUUGAUGACUUCGCAGAAGCACGAAUUUGUCGUGAGAAGCUAUAUUUGUGGAAAGCUAAGAGACGCAUACUUGAAGAAGCACCGUCUAAGAAUCCUUUUGGGGAAUCGUUAUUUGUCGAAGAAACAUUUCAGAAUUUUGUCCUAGAAUGCUAUAGAGUUCUCAGUUUUAGUGAAACGCAACAAUCAUCAGACGUUGAGAUGACGGAGACAUAUUAA